CUAGCUUCUCAUCGGGUCUAAAAUAUCUAAAGUGGAGUCUUUUAGUGGGAGACUUCUGUGCCUGGUCGCGUGCAUGUGAGCACGCGGUUUCUUAUGACAUUCAUAUCCUUUCCCCUCGCAGCUCCCUCUUAAACUACCAUGGCCGCCAAACGAGCACUAGAGGAGAAACACUAGAAUGUUUCACUAGCAAACUGAAGAGAAACCACAAAUCUGCCGCUCCACCACCAUUACCAUUCCAGGAGAGAAAUUUCCACCGGAGUAAGGCGUAGGGGCAGAGCAUCCGGAAACCGGAACGGGAAGCGGCAGUAGCAGGGCAUGGGAAAUGAGCUUGAUGCUUUCUCGGCGGAGCUUCGACGCCGGCCUGAAGUAAGGAUCAUCAACAAGUAUGCCGUCGUCGCCGCGUACGUCACAAUUACUCUUAAAUCCGUCGGGGCCUUGCUGCUUUUGUGGGCCACCGUGGUCCUGCUGGGUGGCUUCGUCUCGUCGAUGACGAAGGACGAUUUUUGGUCUGUGACCAUCAUCACAUUUCCGCAGGCUGCCGGGGUAUUCGAAGAAAUCGGAUUUGCUGGCGCGGAUAUAUAUUGGGUUUGGGAUCUUCUUAUUGGAGCGGACAUUAAAUCUUGGGUACAAAAGUGUCAGUGUGAACUUAACCAGUUGCCUAUGAGACAAUGGUGGAAGAAACAAAUACAAAAAGUCGUGUUAGUUCUAAUAGUUAUCGCUCUGUCCGUGCAAGUGGCGCUCCUCGCUGUUACUGGACCAUUGGUUUGCAUGCUUGUGUCGAGUCGUGCAAUAAUGCAAGACCAUGGCAUCGCGGACGGGGAGGCAUUUAAAGCAAAUAUGAAGCGGACGCUGAACUUAUUCUACAUCGCAGCAUUUGCUCACGGCGGCAUAUGCGCAUUGUGGAUGCUGGCUCAAGGGGUGGAUGAUAAGUGGAUCGAGGUUAUUGUCAGCCGCCAACAUGGUUUCAGCUGGGAGGUACUCGGUGCAUAUUUGCGCAAAACGAAGCAGAUGUGUCUAAAUCACCCCGGGUCGGUGACAAGCUGGAAUUUGAUCACGUAUGGUGCCGACUUGCUGGAUUCCAGCUUACCAGAAGAAUAUGCGGCUGGAGGGAGGGUACUAACAAUGCUGAUUGAUAAGGAUGUAGCAUUACAGGUAAGACGGCUGCUGAUCAGGUCACCCAGACAAAGAAUAGAGAAGCUGAUCGGCACCCUUGCUUGGAGAAGCCCAGACGACCAAGAGAUGAGAUGGCUUGCAGCAAGGAUUGUGGAGCAUCUCGCUGCCGACCUCAACCUUGCUCACUUUCCGGGAGCAUUGGAAUGCAUAUCCUCCCUCCUCGAUCAAGAUACCCUCCUAUUGGCAUUUGUACAUCUGCAAGGAACAAUGGACCAGGUUUUGCCAGCCUUGAGAAUUCUAGAGAACCUAGCUCACAACAGGCAUAACUGCGCACUGAUAUACAACGCCAAUGAUCUUCUUUCAAAAAUAGUUGCGCCUGUCAGCUCUGACAAAUUAGUAGAAGAUAUCAGAAGCAGUGUCGCAUGGACCAAGGUAGUAGAUGGAUCACUGAAAGUGGUGAGCCGGCUGAUGGAUUCUUCAGGAAGCACCGGCCAAGACAUGUGCAAGCUAAUUGCAGAUGAUAAUGAUGCGGUCAAAAACUUGGAGGCCGUUCUAGACAUGGAUAUGAAGAGCAACAAUGGUAUGAUAGAGCUACAGAUGAGAGCUAUAGAGGUUCUUACACAAUUAGUCUUGCGUCAUCCAGCAUGUACUUCUGCAGAAGAACUUAUCAAGAGGGCACUGCACAUCUUCCUUACUGCAGAUUGGAUGCAAGAUUAUCUGAAAGAUGAGAAAAGGAAGAUCGAGCACCAGACUACAAGUCAUGUACAAAAGAAGAUGAAAGAAGCCAAGGAAACUGCAAGCCGGCUCAAAGAACAGGCUGGUGCAACAUUGGCCAUGCUAUCUAGUGAUUCAGAGGCUAUCAAGUGUUUCACAGGAUGUAAUGAUGAUGUCAAUAAUCUUACUGAGUUGCUUGACACCGAUAUCAAGACCAUCAACUGCAUAAUAAGUGCAACAGAUACUGUGGAAAUAGAGAUCAGCAUUGAAUGUCGUGUUAGCGCAGCACUCAUCUUGAAGAAUUUGAACAACUAUGUCAAGGAACCAACUUUACGGAAGGUACUCAGACAAUUGCUUCCUGUACAACAAGACGAGCAGAGCCACAACAAGCACAGGAGCCUGCAAGCAGCGCUGUUAUCACUCAUCACAGUGAUUCGUGCAAACACCAAUCUUAAUCUUGCACCAAUCUUAAUUUCGCAGAAGCCGGCGGAUACCCUGGAAGACUUGGUGGUGAGGCUCCAAAGGAUGUCGGAGAACUUGCAUGUCACCCCCGCGUGUCUCGCGAUACAGAAGCUUACUUGCGAGAUGGUUAUAGAAUUCAUGAAGCAUGAUCGAAAUGUCAGAGUGAUCGACCAGCACAAUAUCGUCGGCACAUUACUGAAGGCUUCAGAGAUGAUGGUGGGACUUGAGAACAGCAUGCUUUUCGCUGCAGUCGAUCCAGACUGCUAUGGGGUUCCUCUAAGGCCUUUCUCUUCUGUUCUCGCUAAAAAUGCCGAAGAUCUUUUGACACAGAGGAAACAGGCACUGGGCAUCAACAAUGUGCCUGUCGGUACACCAGUACCAUGAUUGUUGCAUCAUGGAGUAUUUCAAUACGUUGAAAAUUAUUGAAACAGGAAUUUCAUUCUUGGUGUGUUGUA